AAACACCGGCAAACUCGCGAACGUGCCACGUAUAUGAAGACACCCAUCCGAUAGAAUACUGGCAGGCUUUCGAUCACUUAGUGAAAAAGUAGUGUGCACUCGUUCCUCAUAGCUACGUGCACUCGGUGAUCAUCCCUACAAUAAAAAAGAUGCUUCGAAACAUGUGCAAGACAGUGGACGGCUUUCUGGUCAAUGACUUCCUGCAUGAUGACAACGUGAGCUCAGCCCUCACCUACACUGCCCGACCGGACGAUAUAUUCGUGGUGAGCUACCCGAAGUGCGGCACAACGUGGACGCAGUACAUCGUCUUCUGCGUGCUGAACAAGGGCCAGCCACCCGAGGACUACACGGAUUUCAUGCUGCGCUCGCCCUUCCUGGAGCUCUUGGGUGCCGAGUCGGCUCAUCGUAUGCGUCGACCGGGGCCAAUUAAGACUCAUUUCCCGUUCGACAGGCAACCGUAUAACCCGCAAAGCAAGUACAUAUACGUCACUCGGAAUCCCUACGACUGCUGCGUGUCCUACUUCCACCACGUGCGAGACUCGCCCGUCUACAACUACACAGAGGCAACGCUAGACGAGUUCGUGGACGUGUUCGUUGAAGGGAAGGUCAGCUGCGGGGACUACUUCAACCACCUCAUCCCGUGGUACGAGCACAGGAACGACGAGAACGUGCUCCUCAUCACCUACGAGAGACUCAAAGAGGACACUGGAGGGGCGGUACUGGACAUCGCCGAUUUCCUUGGUAACCAGUACGGGGAGGAGUUGCGCCGAGACACCGCACUUUUCACGAAGAUCACCGAUAUGGUGAGCGCCGCCAGCAUGCGCCAAGCCUUCAGCUCGGGCAUCAAGGCCAUCAUGCCGAACCUUCUCGCUCUCCCGCCCGAGAGGGCUCUGAAAUCUGUUGAAGUGUACCGAAGCGUGCUGAGCAAAAAGCGCAUGUCGUCAGCCAAAAGCGAGUUCAUCCGAAAAGGCGUUGUCGGUGACUGGAGGAACUAUUUGAAGGAAAAGCACAUCGAGAAGAUGAAAAAUUGGAUUGAAUUUAAAACGCAAGGCACGGAUGUCAUGAAGCUGUGGGAAAGAGCCGGAUUGCCGUAACUGCUUCGUGUGACGCACGGAAGUUUGAGUUCAUGCAUGCAUGGGUUA